AUGGUGAGGAUCUUGGCCAAUGGGGAAAUCGUGCAGGAUGAUGACCCCCGAGUGAGAACCACAACCACAUCAAGAGGUAGCACUCCUCGACAGAGUUUUCUCAACAGGGGCCAUGGUGCCCAUCCAGGGGGCCUUGGGCCCCGUCAGCAGCAGGCAGGUAUCAGGCUGGGUGCUGCUCAGUCCCCCUUCAAUGACCUCAACCGGCAGCUGGUGAACAUGGGCUUCCCACAGUGGCAUCUUGGCAACCAUGCUGUGGAGCCAGUGACCUCCAUCCUGCUCCUCUUCCUGCUCAUGAUGCUUGGUGUUCGUGGCCUCCUGUUGGUGGGCCUGGUCUACCUGGUGUCCCACCUGAGUCAGCGGUGAC